GGGUGACGGGGCCGCACGCGAGGCUGCGGGCAGCGGCAACUUUUUAAUCUAUCACCUUAUUCUUUAAAUUUAUUUAUGGUUUAUUAUUUAGGGUCAUACGUAACUGUCGCGUCAACUAUUGGAGUGUCCAAGCCCUUCUCAUUCUAAGUUUUUCGGUGUACUUUUUUGGCAGUCACUUGGAAGGAAAGAUUUUGGGGACUUGUUCGGAAUUUUGUCUUGGUGACCAGGCGUGGAACGGAAAAUCUAUUCUUUUUCUUUCGUCUGUUUGGUCAAGACAGCGUGUUUUAAAGUUUACAAAAGUUUACGUCGUGUUCUUCUUCGACGUGCUGUACUGGUGUACUUUCACUUCAUGUCUGAUGUAUGGGCAACCCGAAAAAACUGACUGGACUUAACUUUUUAUUCCGUCGUCGAGAGCAGUGAUCCGCUUGCCAAUUAUCUGGGCAGGUGGUAGGCAAAGCUUUAGAGUAUUUUCUGAAGUUUUUCUCUGUAGUUAUUCGAGCUUUUCAAACUUUUAAAGCAGUUGGAGUUGGGAUUUGGUCGUUUUGCAAUCACCAGGAGCAUUUAUUGCAGGAAAUAAGAUAAUUUAACUGGGAGAGAAAGAACGAGAGGAGAGACAGGAAUGCCAGAGGCCAAUAUGGCGUCGGCCUCGGUGAAGGUGGCAGUGCGGGUCCGGCCCUUUAACUCUCGUGAAACCAAUCGAGCGGCCAAGUGUGUCAUCCAGAUGCAGGAGAAAUCCACAUGCAUCUCUAACCCCAGGCAGCCCAAAGACUCCAAGAACUUCACGUUUGAUUACUCCUACUGGUCACACACCUCGGCGGAGGACCCAUGUUUUGCCUCCCAGAGGCAGGUGUACCUGGACAUCGGCGAGGAGAUGCUGCUGCAUGCCUUCGAGGGCUACAACGUGUGCAUCUUCGCCUACGGCCAGACGGGGUCGGGGAAGUCCUACACCAUGAUGGGCAAGCAGGAACCCGGGCAGCAGGGCAUCAUUCCACAGCUAUGUGAGGAUCUGUUCAAGCGCAUUGUGGACAAUGUUGACCCCGACGUGUCCUUCUCAGUGGAGGUAUCAUAUAUGGAGAUCUACUGUGAGCGUGUGAGGGACCUGCUGAACCCAAAGAGUAAAGGGCCGCUGCGCGUGCGUGAGCACCCGAUCAUGGGGCCCUAUGUGGAGGACCUCUCCAAGAUGGCCGUCACCAACUACAGUGAUAUCGCUGACCUCAUGGACUGUGGCAACAAGGCCAGGACUGUGGCAGCCACAAACAUGAACGAGACGAGCAGUCGCUCGCAUGCAGUCUUCACCAUCCUCUUCACGCAACGAAGACACGACCAGAUGACUAACCUGGACACGGAGAAGGUGAGCAAGAUCAGCCUGGUUGACCUGGCGGGAAGCGAAAGAGCCGACUCGACGGGAGCAAAGGGCAUGAGGUUAAAGGAAGGUGCCAAUAUCAACAAGUCACUGACCACGCUGGGCAAGGUCAUCUCUGCUCUGGCUGAAAUGCAAAGCACCAAGAAGAGGAAGUCGGACUUCAUUCCUUACCGAGAUUCUGUGCUAACAUGGCUUCUGAGGGAGAAUUUAGGUGGUAACUCACGCACAGCCAUGAUCGCUGCUCUUAGUCCAGCUGACAUCAACUACGAUGAAACACUGAGCACACUCAGGUAUGCCGACCGGGCCAAGCAGAUCCGCUGCAACGCUGUCAUUAACGAGGACCCCAACCAUCGCCUGGUGCGAGAACUCAAGGAGGAGGUCAACCGGCUCAAAGAGCUGCUCCUCGCCCAGGGCCUCAGCGAGCUCAUUACCGCCCCAGGCCCGGACGGCAACAGUCUGGCCCGGGUAACUGCCGGCUCCUCUAGUGCCAUGGAAGUGUCCGACGUCCACCCGCCUCCCCUCUCAGACCCCACAUCGCCCCUGGAGGCCCCCACGGAAGAGCAGGGCCCCCACGGGCCCAUCAGCAAGGAGGAGGCCGUGGAGAGGCUCAAGGAAACGGAGAAGAUCAUCGCGGAGAUGAACGAGACCUGGGAGGAGAAGCUCAGGAAAACGGAGGCCAUUCGACAGGAAAGAGAGUCCCUGCUGGCAGAGAUGGGCGUAUCCAUCCGCGAGGACGGAGGAACGGUGGGGGUCUUCUCCCCUAAAAGAACUCCUCAUCUGGUGAACUUGAAUGAAGAUCCACUGAUGUCAGAGUGUUUGAUUUACUACAUUAAGGACGGGCUGACUAGGGUGGGUCAGAACGAGGUGGACAUUCGUCUGACUGGUCAGUUCAUCAAAGAGCAGCACUGCAUCUUCGGAAGCAGAGUCACCGAAUCGGGAGAGGUGGAAGUGACAGUGCUGCCUCUGGACGGGGCGGAGACGUAUGUCAACGGCAAGCAAAUUACAGAGCCGGUGGUGCUCAAACAAGGCAACAGGGUGGUGAUGGGCAAGAAUCAUGUGUUCCGAUUCAACCACCCGGAGCAGGCGCGGCAGGAGCGCGAGCGCAACGCCGCCCAGGACCAGCAGGGGGAGCAGGCGGACUGGAGCUAUGCCCAGAGAGAGCUGCUGGAGAAGCAGGGCAUCGACAUCAAGCAGGAGAUGGAGAAAAGGCUUCAGGAUCUGGAGAAUCAGUACCGCAAAGAGAAGGAGGAGGCAGACCAGAUUCUGGAACAACAGAGACUGUAUGCAGACUCCGACAGCGGGGACGACUCCGACAAGCGCUCCUGUGAAGAGAGCUGGAGGCUCAUCUCCUCCCUGCGCGAGAAGCUACCAGCCAACAAGGUGCAGUCCAUAGUGAAGAAGUGUGGCCUGCCCAGCAGUGGGAAGCGACGCGAGCCGUUGCGCGUCUACCAGAUCCCGCAGCGCCGCCGCAUCCACAUGGACCCCAAGCACCUGACGAUGGACGACCUGCGCACGCAGGCGGUCAAGGAGAUCUGCUACGAGGUGGCGCUGGGCGACUUCCGCCACACGCGGCAGGAGAUCGAGGCGCUGGCCAUCGUGCGCAUGAAGGAGCUGUGCCGCACCUACCGGCAGCGGGACCCGCAGGAGCGCGACAGCUGGCGCAGCGUGGCCCGCGACGUCUGCGACACGGUGGGCAUCGGCGAGGAGGAGACGGGCGACCGGGCCGUGGAGAUGGUGGAGGGGAGCUCGGGAGGAGGAGGUGGAGGAGGAGGAGGAGGAGGUGGUGGUGGAGGAGUAAUGGGAGGAGGAGGAGGAGGGGGGAAGUUGGAGCGGAAGAAGGCGGACAUGGUGGACCUGAAGGCGCACAUCGACAAGCUGACGGACAUCCUGCAGGAGGUGAAGCUGCAGAACAACGUGAAGGACGAGGAGAUCCGCUCGCUCAGGGACCGCAUGAUCAAGAUGGAGAAGGUCAUCCCUGGAAUGGGCGACGCUGGCAUGGACGAGUCUGACGCAAUCGGAGAGGAAGAGGUGAGCGGCCCCAUCGGCAGGCAGAUGGAGGACGGAGGUUACCGGCGCGGCCGUCACCGCUGGCAACACCCUGAGCAGCAUCAGGACCCCAAGCGCCUGUGCAGGGUCCCCGGGGGCCCACCCAACGCUCCCUUCAUCCCCAAUCCCAAUCCCAAUCCCCGGGGCCCGCCCAACCCUUUCGGAAUCCCCAUCGGCGCCCCGCCCAACGGCCCCUUCCUGCCCGGGACGGGUCGCUUCCUCCCCCCGCUGGAGCGAAAGCUGCAGUUCCCCUUCAAGAACAACCCCCAGCACAGAGCCUUCGUCUGGGGCCCCACCUCAGGCCCACCGGGGUCGGACGAGGGGCCCAACGAGGAGGGCCCCCUGGAGCCGGCCUCGCUGGCGGACUCGGUGCCCUCGUUCCAGGCCUCCCACGCACCUCCCCAGGACGGCUCGGGGCCCUGGGGUCAGGGGCACAACAGCUACCGCCAGCAGCAGCAGCGCCGCAACCACCAACACCAGCACGGCAACCGCAACCACCACGGCAACCAGCGCAACAACCGCCAGCGCUCCCGCCAGAAGGGACGCAACCCCUUCGACGGCUACGUGGAGCGGGCCAACGAGCAGGCCGGGCAGAACCGCAACGGCAACCCGAACCAGGGCUUCCAGCACCAGCAGCACCAGCACCAGCACCAGCACCACCAGCAGCAACAGCAGCAACAGCAGCAGCAGCAGCACCAGGGGGGCAGGAUGCGGUACAGCUGGCACAACGCCGGCUCGGACCUCCAGGACAAGCAGGGCGGCGUCAACAGCCAGAACUGGAGGGGAGGGGAGGAGGGCCUGCAGAGGCCCAGCGAGAGGCCCCGCAGCGGGGGGAGCCCCAGAGGGCCGCCGGCCCAGGAGGCAGCCAAGAGGAACAGUAGGGCUGAGGAGCCCAUGGAGGCUUAAGGGAGGGAGGGAGGAGUGGAAUGGAACGAAUGGAAGAAAGAAAGAAAGAAAGCGGGAGAGACGUCUAAUUUUUUUUUUUUUUUUUUUUUUUUUCGUAUUCAGAUUCCACAAAUAUUUCUCUGGGAUACACACACAUACACCACUCAAAUCCAGACACACACACACACACACAUACUGUACACACAUACACAUACUGUACACACACACACACACACACACACACACACACACACACACACACACACAGACAGACACACAUACAUACACACAUACACACAUACACACACACGCUCUGUUCUAGGUGCUGAGAUAUUUUGCUCCGAGGGCAGUAUGUGCUCACAGGCAAGCACUUGCACUUAUUGGAAAUCUCCUUGAGGGGGUUUGACAUGGAAACACUUUUAGUGCAAUAACACUGAGCUUGAUUUUAUACCACAUUUUGACAGAAUCAUUGUGUUCUUGACUGUUGAUAAAUGUGCCUGAUCCGACACAACCCUUUAGAGGAUCACGACAGGACCUUACUCACUGUGCUGUAUAUGUUUGUGCCUUUCUGCAGCCUCUAUAUAAUACCCACAAUUGCGCCCUGUAUUUAUAGUUAUACAGUGGGGUUUUGUUCUGGUAUAUAUUAGAACAUUUUAUACAAUGUACAUAUUCAAUGUUUGUACAUGGAGGGAUGGAUUUGCCAUAGGUUUUUAAUACCGUAUAAACCAUGGGGUAUACUUUAUAUAUUUGGAAUACCGUUAGGUUGUGUAUAUGAUUAUAUAAACUGCAAAUAUUGAGGCAUAAGCUGCUAUGAUUGACUGCUGUUGCGGUUAUGAAAACUGACAUAUUUACCUGCUAAAACAGCCAAAGAAUUUCACCCAGGGGCAAAGAGACCCUUACUGCACAUAAACAAGGAGGAACACCUGGUCAGGCACAGAAAUGCAUAGGUCAGGCAGGCAGGUUGGACUGCUGUGCGUGAUUGAUGUGUUGUUCACUUGAGAACUUUAGGCUUGUUGAGAGAAGGCUUAAUGCGUGGUUGCGAAUGAUUUGUAUAUUUUGUAUUUUUUUUUCGCUCUCCAUUUUAAUAAUUUUAGUCCCCAUCCCAUCCCCUCCCAGCUUUCAUUGUGUGAGUGAUGAAUGGCAGCAUUCCACUAGACAAAGACUCAGAGAUCUGUCAGGAAGGCAUCAGAAACGAUGAAAAGCCAAAUGCGUGAUGUACUGUUGGAUAAAUGAAGUUAGACAUCAUGGACAGAGCAACAGUGCAAGAGUGGCAAAGGAAGGAAGGAAGGAAGGAAGGUUGUUUUUGUUUUUUCUUUUCUUAUUUUUCAGGACAAACACUCAGUCAUGAAGCUAUGAGUGUGACUGAGAUCCAGGGCUAACAGUUGUAGUUUUUUUUUUUUUUUUUUACAUUUUAACAAUCUUUUCCAUUGUACAAUACAAUAUGCAAUACAAUCAUAAGGACAUAAAUUGUAUUUUUAAGAGAAGAGAAUUGAUGUAAUAUAGAUUUUGUGUGAGGUAAUUUCAACCCCCUGCAGAAGAUGAAAAUAGAUAAAACAUGAAUUUUGUUUGCUCAUAUUAUUAAUAAUAAAAAUAAACAAUAUCUAUGAU